AUGGCAGUGAAGUCUGGAGCAGUAGAUCUCUUUGGGAAUACUUUAAAUUCUCUACUUGAAUGUACAAAAAAUGGAGAGAUUCUAAGCAAACAGGCGCCACCAUCAAUUUACAUGGUUCCUAGUGCGGUCCGAGAUCUGAGACCAAGAUCUUUUACCCCUAGGGUGGUCGCUAUUGGACCUCUUCACAGACAUGAUGAACAUUUGCAAGGAUUUGAAGUUCAAAAAACAACUUAUUUAAAUAAUCUGUUGCAUCGUUGUCGUAUGGUGCCAGAGCAGACAUUGGGAACAUGUGUGGAGAAGGUGAUUGGUUCAAUAAAAAGAAUCAAAGAACGUUAUGCAGGGUCGACCACCUAUGACGAUCUGGAGCUUGCUAAGAUGAAGGUGAUUGAUGCUUGUUUCAUACUUGAGUUCAUUAGUGUUUUAGACCGGGUACCAUCCGGGACAAGCUUAUUGAUUGUUCAAUCAAUAGCUUUAGACCUGAUUAUGAUUGAAAACCAAAUUCCGUAUUUUGUUCUUGAAAACAUCUUUGAGUGUACUAUUUUAGCAUCUGGACAGAUGAGAGAGGGGGCCUCACUUACUACGUAUAUCAAAGUACUUGUUAGUCUUUACUACUUCAUUGAAGGAAAGGUAGAAGUAGUACGCGAUGCUUCGGCUCCUGAUCAUAUUCUUGGCUUUUUCCACAAAUAUUUCCGGCCUGCGGAACCGAUGCCAUCAGUGCCUGUGCCAAGUACAAAACGCCACGCAGCCAUGGAACUGCAUAGGGCAGGGAUGAAGUUCAAACCUUAUGUAGAUGAAAAUUGGGGCACUGGCCAUGAAACUGGAAUUACCCUUACCUUUGUUUCCAUGGUUCCAUAA